GCUGCGAGAUGGGUUUGACCGUGGAAAGCGAAGAAGGAGAAGUUCCACACCUGCGGUGGUCCCAGGCGCCGCCCCUGCCUUGGCCAAGGCCGGGGUCGGCGGAUAUUGAUGUUAUUUGAUGUUAUUGUAUCAUUGCGGUAUCAUCAUGUAUAUCAUGUGUCAGUCGAGGAGACAAGAGAUGAAGGAGGCAAUGCAGGAUGUGGUGAGAGCCAAGUUAGAAAGUGUGAGAGUAGAGCUUGAAGGUGAAGAAGCGAGUCAUGCCAUGGAUACGAGCUCUGGCAAAAGAAACAAGGUGAUGAAGACAAUUGAAAAGAUAAAGAGAAAGAAGCAAUCUGCCAAACAAGCCAAGGUCGACAGGAAACUCUUGAGGGCUGCGAAAGAGCAAGGGGCCAUCAAGUCCAUCAAGGUUGUUCGAGAGAUCUUGGAAGGCAAGAAAAAAACUGCCUUCCGCCCAGAUGGUGCGGAGCGGAGGCGCGACAAGCGUGUCCGUGUCGCCCGGGAAAAACGAGAGCGUCUUGGCUUUUCAAAAGUGGAUGGUGCCGGAGAAGAAUACGAAGAUGAGGAACAGGAGGAGGACGAAUGAUCCCUCGCAAACGCGAUGCGAAAACAAA